AUGGAACCUAUAGUUAGUGAAUUUUCAUAAGUGAAUGAUGAUUCAAUUGAAAAAGAAAAGGCUUAAAUCAAGAAUAUUUUGGCAUUUGAAACUGCAGGAACAUUAUUAUUGAUUUAUGGAGCCUUAGCUGCUGAAACUAAUUUCGGUGUUGCUCUUGUUUAUUUCAUUGGAUUAAUGGUGUGUGGUAGACUAAGUAAAGGAUACUUUAAUCCUAUAUGCACCUUAAUCGGAUAUAUAGAUGGAUCAAUACCCUAAAAAAGAGCCAUUUAUUAUAUUGGAGCAUAAACAUUUGCUAGUCUAAUUGCAGGGAUGUUAUUGAUGCCUCUGUUUGCAUACAAAAAAACACUGCCAUAUUUCGAAGUAUUACCAUCUCAUUAAGUAUUUGGAACUUUAAUGUCUGAAAUAGCUGGAUCAAUUAUCUUUUUUAUAUUUAUUCAAAUUUAAACAGCAGAAAACACUAAAAUAACUACUACAGAGGUACAAUCUGCCAUUUUUGUUAGUGUCAUUUAUUUUGUUGCUCGAUAAUACACUGCAACUAUGGGAAAUAGUUUAUUUAAUCCAUCUGCAGCUUUUGGACUAUAAUUAUUUUAUGGAAUUUAUUAUGGAAAGUGGGACUAAAUGAUUAAUUUAUUGAUUUAUAUUAUUGGUCCUUGGGUUGGAGCAUUGUUAGCCAUCACCUUCUUUUGGAAAAUAUACACUCCAACUCUUGUUAGUAAAUAGUCUAAUUGAAUUUAAUAUCGACACAUAAUUUAUUUAUACAGUUAUUAUAAAGAAUGCA